AUGGGCGCCGACAUUCAGCAAUGGACGAUAGAGAAGCCCUGGCUUGAGACGCAUUGUCUCUUGGGUGAAGGGCCUUUCUACGAGAAGUCUGUCGACACUUUGCGCUUUGUCGACAUUCGCAACAAGCGAUUACAUUACGUCAAGGUUGCCGAAGGCCCUUCGUCUCUCAAAACCGUUCAAUUGGAUGUUUGUCCUACUGUUACAGCCAACAUUGCCGGCGUCGACCCACAGGAGCGAAUUGCCCUGGGCGUCAAGUAUGGACUGGCGAUCUUUGAUGUGAAGAAGGAGACAUAUGAGCUCAUCCAACCAUUCGAGGAGCCGGCGAAUGAGCGUCUGCGUAGCAACGACGGCGGCGUGGACCCUCUCGGCCGAUUCUGGCUUGGAACCAUGACGGAUUUUGGUCUUGGACCCUUUAAGCCUGAAGGAGCGGUUUAUCUCAUGGAUUCCAAGUCACGGGAGGUGAAGCUCCCUGAUAUGACGAUUCCCAACACGCCAGGGUGGUCUCCGGAUGGGAAAACACUAUACAUUACACAUUCAAGCGCUAGGGAAGUCUUUGCGUUCGACUUUGAUACCGAAUCCGGAGAGAUCUCCAACAAGCGUGUCUUCUAUACGCAUAACGGCUCAGGUGAGCCGGACGGUUUCCGUGUAGAUGUGGACGGCUUCAUUUGGCAUGCCGUCUACGGAGAGGGACGCGUGAUUCGGAUCGACCCCAAGACGGCUGAGAUUGUAGGCGAGGUCAAAGUGCCGACAAAGAAUACAACUUGUGUACAAUUCGUCGGUACUGAACUCGUCAUCACAACCGCUGCGGAUGAUGAGGGCGAGGAAACAAGUGGCGAGUAUGGUGGACAUGUGUUCAAGGUUGAUGUUGGCAUCCAGGGUCUGGAGCUUCACGAGUUCAAGCUAUGA